UAUUAUAUAUUCUGAAUUUGUCAAAAAAUGUGAUAAAUCCAUCUAGUGGAGAGAGCAUCUUCAAUCUUAGCAUGAGUAAAAGACGUUUAAACCCUAUGCGUUUAAAUAUCCUUUCGCUAGGGAUUAUGGAUCCUGUAGGCUAAAGCGCGCUACAUUCUAUUAAUUACUAUGGAGGCAAGAUUCAUUGAAAACUACAUCACCCAAACGGCGUCUGUUUCAGUUAAUACCUAGGACAGUAUUUUCAGAUGGACGAAACACAGGAGACCUGUCCAUGACACGAAGGACAAUGGAAGAUCCCAAAUCUAUUCAGAAGAGGUUUGAAGCUGCUGUUAAAGUGAUCAGAAGUUUACCUGAAGAUGGCUCUUAUGACCUGUCUGAUGAUAUGCUGGUUAUGUUAUACAGUUACUACAAACAAGCUACAGCAGGACCCUGUAACACCCUAAAACCAAACUCUUGGGAUCCUAUUGGCAAAGCUAAAUGGGAGGCAUGGAAAGCCUUGGGAAAUAUGACAAAGGACCAAGCCAUGAUGGAGUAUGUUCAGGAAAUACAACUGAUAAUAGAAACCCUCCCGGUCACAGAGAAGAUGGAGGAAUUACUGGAAGCUCUUGAUCCAUUUUAUGAGAUAGUGGAGGAUGAGGAUGAUGAUGAAGAUGUUGCCAGUAAAGCAGCACAAUUAUCCACAGGUCUUUUCGAAUCUGCAGACUCAAGCACUCUUGCAGCAGAGAGAGGAAGUUUACCAGUGUGUAAUGGAAGUGAGGAGAACAGCGUAUCCUCCUCAACCAAUGACAGUCAUAGUUCUCUAAACUCUGAGGAGGAAGAGGAGGAACUGGCUUAUGAUGACUCGGAUGAUGAGAUAUACAGUGAUUCAAUGGAAAAACCAGCAACACAUGAGAAGGGUUCAGGAGUUCCCAGGGUCCAACUGGCAGAAGUGAACGUGGUUGGGGCCAACAUGCAACAAGGGGGAAACAGAGAGCCUCAGUGUGAGAGUCAGGAUGGAAAACCAGAGGGGGUUACACCACCCGUCCCCCACCCGCCGACACUUGGAACUGUCCAAACUGACAGAAUCUCACCAGGCAGUGGAAGAGGCUGUCAGUUAAUGGGAACUAACCUACCUGACAAACAUGAGUGCAGUUACCAAGGAGAUGGUCAGCACUGGAAGACGGCAGACAGAACGGACAAAAGAGCAUUUAACACAGAGAUCGCAGUGAUACUGUCACAGUUACAGGACAACAUGCAGGAUGUGCUGCACAGACUGACCACACUGGAACUUCUUACAGCAUCACAAGCUGAAAUCUCUCCUGUCAAAACUUUGAACUCCAAGUCACCAAAAAAGAGGUGGCCCUGGUGGCCAUUAAACUUGCCCCCCAUCGCUGUAGUGCUGGCCAUUAUUUGGCCAUUUGCUGUGCACUGGCUGGUGCAGUUUUACUUACUGAAGAGAAGGAGAUGGUUAAGAGUGAAGUGAAGAAUCAAUACCAACUGUACAGCUCCUGAGGACUUUGAAAACUGUCUGGAUAUAUCUGAUGUGUUCAAAAGUGAAUGUUAUGAUGUCACACUAAGCCUCAGAAAUUAAUACUAUUAUUCAGCAAGGAUGCAUUAAAAUAUCAAAAGUGACAGUAAGGAAUUUUCAGGAAUUGUCAUAAAAGAUUUCCAUCUAAAUAAAUGCUGUUCAUUUUAACAUUUUAUUCAUCAAAUAAUCCUGGAAAAUGUAUAAUGGUUUUCACAAAAAUAUUAAGCAGCACAACUGUUUUCAAAACUGAUAAAAAAUAAUAAUGAAUG